CCAGGUCCAGGUCCAGAUCCAGGUCCAGAUCCAGGUCCAGUGGACUCAGCGCUCACUCACUCACUCGCUCCAGUCGUCUGAUAAACAGCUGCUUCACCAUCCAGCGGCCACUUCACCAAAACUUUGUCCUCCAAAACUCCUCGAAUGUGGAUUUUUUUGUUUAGUUUUUGUGUGUUUCGUGGAUAUUCAGAUGUAAUAGACAGAAAGUCUGCACCGCUGGACGUCCGGAUUCUAGGGUUUCUUUUCCUUUUUUUCCCCUUUUUUUUGUGCGUUAUGCUGCUGAGCUCGUCCUCUGUUCAACAUCUGGAUUAACUAUUUGGAGUCGGAGCGAACGGCCCUGCGCACAAACUCCCGACUGUCUCGCUUUUCCUCUCUUUAAUGGAAAGACUUCCUUUCUCUCUGGAAUUUAACUUUUUGAUUUAAAAAAAGAGAGAGAGAGACAACAACCGAGAUUUGCGCAUAGAUUAUGUAUUCUUUAAGAUGGGUGCGAACAAUGGAAAACAGUAUGGAAGCGAGGGUAAAGGGAGCUCAAGCAUCUCUUCUGACAUAAGUUCGAGCACAGAUCAUACACCAACUAAAGCUCCAAAGAAUGUGGCUACCACCGAAGGUUUAGACUCCAGCACACGGACUCUGAGCACCCCCAGCCCCGGUCUCAUCCUCCCCUCCAAGUCCUCCUCCCUCUCCUCACCCGCCCUCUCCAGCAACGGCCAUGAAACCAACUCCUCUUCCUCCUCCUCCGCCCCCGCCGAGACCGUCGCCGUGGUCCACCCUCAACCCGGCACCCACACGCGCUCCCGCCAGUCGAAAAGCCACCACCACGCCCCCAUCGACCUCCUCCCCGACCACACCCUCCUGCAGAUCUUCUCCCACCUCUCCACCAAUCAGCUGUGCCGCUGCGCUCGCGUGUGUCGGCGGUGGUACAACCUGGCGUGGGAUCCGAGGCUGUGGGGCACCGUGCGCCUGACGGGGGAGCUGCUUCACGUCGACCGAGCCAUCAGGGUGCUCACCCACCGGCUCUGCCAGGACACCCCGAACGUGUGCCUGACCCUGGAGACGGUGAUGGUGAACGGCUGCAAGAGGCUCACCGACCGCGGGCUGCACGUGGUGGCUCAGUGCUGCCCGGAGCUGCGCCGCCUGGAGGUCGCCGGCUGUUACAACAUCUCCAACGACGCCGUGUUCGAGGUGGUGUCGCGAUGCCCCAACCUGGAACACCUGAACCUCUCAGGCUGCUCCAAGGUGACCUGCAUCAGCCUCACCCAGGAGGCCUCCCUCCAGCUGUCCCCUCUGCACGGCCAGCAGAUCUCCAUCCACUUCCUGGACAUGACUGAUUGUUUUUCCCUCGAGGACGAGGGUUUGCGAACUAUCGCCUCCCACUGCCCGCGCCUGACACAUCUGUAUCUGCGCCGCUGCACCAGACUGACGGAUGAGGCCUUGCGCCACCUGUCCCUCCACUGCCCUUCAAUCAGGGAGCUUAGUCUCAGCGACUGCCGCCUGGUGGGGGACUUCGGCCUGCGCGAGGUGGCCCGCCUGGAGGGCUGCCUGCGCUACCUGAGCGUGGCCCACUGCACCCGCAUCACUGACGUGGGCAUGCGCUACGUGGCGCGCUACUGCCCGAGACUGCGCUACUUGAACGCGAGGGGUUGCGAGGGGCUGACAGACCACGGCCUGAGCCACUUGGCCAGGAGCUGCCCCAGACUCAAGUCUCUGGACGUGGGGAAGUGCCCGCUGGUGUCAGACAGCGGGCUGGAGCAGCUGGCCAUGUACUGCCAAGGCCUGAGGCGAGUGAGCCUCAGAGCGUGCGAGAGCGUCACGGGCAGAGGACUCAAAGCUCUGGCAGCCAACUGCUGCGAGCUGCAGCUGCUCAACGUGCAGGACUGCGAGGUGUCGCCAGAGGCUCUGCGGUUCGUUCGACGCCACUGCCGGCGCUGCGUCAUCGAGCACACAAACCCCGCUUUCUACUGAGACGGCGGGGGUGGGGUGGGGUGGGGUGGGGGAGCUGUUGGACCGGUCCUCUGACAAGUGGAUGUUCUAAUAUUCCUGCUAUGGAGUUGGCAGAGUGGAGCGGCCGAUGUGUCAGAACCAGUUGAGCGCUGGUGGUGCAAUACUGGCCAGAUUCUGUCUUUUUAAAUCCGCUUGGUGGCUGUUAAUGCUGUCCUUUGAAAAUACUUCCACAGAAUGUAUUUAACAUAUUUAUCUGUACAAAGGCAGAGACGUGCAGAAUCUCAGCAUCUUACUUUUCCCUUCAACGUCACGAUGUAACAACAUGAGCACUGGGUACAGCUGUGUUACCAUUUAAAAGCAUUGUAAUAUAUUUUGUUUUCACCUCCUUAAGGCCCUGAAACAUAACCAUUAUCAUACAUUACUGCAUCUAUUUAUAAACAGCAAGUAUCUUCAGACUAAACCACUAGGAAUGUAGCUCCAACGCAGCAACUCCAGCAGUUUCUCAGUUUCACUUUCCUUGUUUCCAUGUUGUGUGCAUGUGCACUUUACGCAAUUGUGCUGACAAUCAUUUCAACUGAGCUCAAAGUGUCACCAUUAGACGGAAGAUUUGUCUUUUUUUUGUGUGUUUUUUUUUUUUUUUUCUUUUUCUUUUUUUUUUACUGCCAAACAGAAACCAAACUGUUACGGGAUCAAAAUUAGACAAGAACACAUUGCUGCUAUAACUGUGCCAAUAAAUUUCUUCAAAAAAAUUCCUCCUCCGCAGCUGAGUGUGUUACUGAAACCCUCACCACAGUCUUCAAGAAUCUAAACCUGCUCGUUCAGUACAACCAAAAAAUACCAAGGGAUGAUUUUU